UCGCAGCUUGGGGUUUGACCGCAUUGAGGGAGACUGGCUAGGGCAAAGCUUGACUGCUUGCUUGCUAGUGGCUUCCAUUAGGUACAAAACAUGUUCCAUACAGCACCUUUGUGCAGCUGGGUGCUGGAGAAGGGGACCCUUCCAAGAGCCAGUAUGUUUUAAAUGGGCAAAAAGAAUCCCAAAUUCCAGAGCCGUUGAUAUAAACUUGAGUCAUCGUUCCAAAUUGUAGUCUACAGAUGGGAGCCACUCUGACCAUUUUCCCUACAGAAAACAGAAAACAAACUAUCUCUCCCUACUCCCAACACACACAGUUACAGAUUCGUGCCCACAAAGCUGUUUCCUUUCCCUGCCUGGACUGGAGGCCCAGGAACUCUUUUGUUGCACAGCCACCGACCUGCUGUCUGAAAGGACCACACACCCCAUUCCCUUCAACUCCUCCCUGCCAUUUUCUGGACCAGGGCAUUGGAUUUAUUUCAGAGAUCACAGUUUCAGAAAUCUCAGUCGAGAAGGGGCUGUUUUAAAUUAUACUCAUUUAUUAUUUCUUUAUGCAUACGCUAUCUUUCACUUCAAAAAUAAAAGCAGACAAAAAAGUCAGACUAUUCUGGCUCCAAACCUUUGGGCUGAAGGAAGACAAUAUUUGGUUUUCUGAUUUUUCUCCCCUUUCUAGGCACCAGUAACAUCUGCUUAACACUCAAUGCCUGCUAAUUGUUCAGCAAUUCUCUUAUUUUGGGGCUAAGGCUGUUUAAAGGAACAGCAUUUUUACUUAAAAAAUACUGAAAUAAUCAGUGUCUUCUCAGGCAUAAAACGUGGAAAAGGCAUCCAGUCAUGCCCAGCCCAUUUGCAGACACUUAAAAUUGGGAGCCAGGGUUUCCUCCAGGGUUAAUUUUUUAAAUGAAAAUCUCAGAGGCCUGGCGGACUGCGGGGUAUUUAGGACACGGUGGACUGUGGUGGGGGUGGGCAUGACCUAGAGGAAUUUAUGGGGCAAGGAAAAUAUUAGGGGGAGGGAGAUGAGGCGGACAGGACGGGGCCAUGUCGGAGUUCAUUGUGUCGGCCACUUCCCUCUUCCAGGCGCGGGUGCAGGAAGGGGCACCCCAGUCGGUAUCCGCGCGGCUUGGCAGCCUCGCUGGUAUUUGGGAGUCCCAGCCGGAAGUGUGUCAGGGUGUUUGAGGGGGGGGAUUACUGGAACUGCUGGUGAGGAUGAAGGCAAAAGAGAGAGAGAGAGAUGGAAGCGCCCGAGGCCGCCAGCCUCGCCGCCAGGGAAGUGGGCUAAUGAAAAACACACUGUUGCAGGCACAGUAUCCACACGUGAAUUUGAUUACCCCUUUUCUAGGAGUCGCUGCUUUCUGUUAGGAAUUGGGGGCAGGGGGAGUUUCCUUCCAAUUAACGGAGUGGCGGCGACCUUUUAAUUUACCCCCAACGGGUGAGAAAUAAACUUCCCCAAAGUGGCCAGGCCCAGGAAUGGGACUGGAGUCGAUGCCCUUGUACCCCUCCCCGUUCUAAUUUCCAGCCCUGGCCUUGAGCUGUGGCUGCCUCUCUUUGGGCCUUGUACCUCUCCGCCGAGUCGCCGGGCCCCGUAGGUAACCAAGGAGAGGCCCGGAGUAGUAGCUGGAAAGGGGGGAAGGAGCACUGAAAGGCUCACACGGCCCCGGGACAGGCCACAUCGGUGAGGGCUUCCCAGGUUCCGGAGCUGCGGGGUCUCUUAGGCGAGGCUGCCUUUUCCCAAACCGAACUUGCCUUCCAUUCAUGCCACUUGGAGUUUUUCCCCCAGCUGGGAUUCAGGGAGCGCAACCAGGCUUGCAGCUCUCAUGGUUAGAGCCUCUGAGGCUGGAGCACAGGGCUGGGUCGCCAGCCGCCUGCGCCUGGGAAUCCUGAUUGCCAGCUGAUGAGAAAGGCGGGCUGGGCGCGCGUGUGCGUGGGGUCGAGGGCCGGGGGCCGAGGGCGCCGCACAACCAACCAGGCCCUCAAACCUUUCGCCCUGGGGGCGGCUGGCCGCUCCCUCCUGGCCAGCUCCUCCGUGGGGUCCUCGCAGCAAAGGCGAAUUUAAGGGUUGCCCGGGCGCCCCUCGCUCCAGGCGGGUAGCUGUGGGGACCUACACCCGCGGUACUCCCUGAGCGGCCGGUCCCUGCCUGCAGUGCCUUGGUAGGGCCGGCGGCGGCUCCGUUUGGGACGGAUCCUGCGUUGAAUUUGACUUUUCGAGGGCGGCCGCGGGUAAACUCGCCUCUCCCGGGGACCGCAUGGAUUAUUUACAGGGAGCUCGCCAACCAAACACAACAGUCUAACCUUUCCAAGUCCUCGUAAAUUUUUACAGCUGGGAGCCACGGCGAGGCAAACGAAUCUGUUGGUCGUUCCCGACUUCCCGCCAGCAUGUGUGGCUUCUGAAACAAUAACUCCUUAUGAAAUAUCAUAAAUAUAGAUUUAAAUACAGUAGAGCGACAAUGCGAUUUGGCUGCUUUUUUAUGGCUUCAAUUAUUGUCUAAUUUUAUGUGAGGGGCUCCGCUGGCCGCACUCGCACGCGGGACCCGCGCCUUCCUGAUGGCGUGAUUAAUUGUGAUAUAAAAUAGUCCGCUUGAGAAGUGUGUGUAUGGGGGGGAGACGGAAGAGUACAGAGGCAAGGCUAGAUUUGAUCUUUUAAUCGUCGUUGGCCACAAUUAAAACAAACCCCAUCGUAGAGCGGCACGAUCCCUUUACAUAAAAACAUAUGGCUUUUGCUAUAAAAAUUAUGACUGCAAAACACAGGGCCAUUAAUAGCGUGCGGAGUGAUUUACGCGUUAUUGUUCUGCUGGGCGGGCACGUGACGCGCACGGCCAAUGGGGGCGCGGGCGCCGGCAACUUAUUAGGUGACUGUACUUCCCCCCCUGGUGCCACCAAGUUGUUACAUGAAAUCUGCAGUUUCAUAAUUUCCGUGGGUCGGGCCGGGCGGGCCAGGCGCUGGGCACGGCGAUGGCCACCACUGGGGCCCUGGGCAACUACUACGUGGACUCGUUCCUGCUGGGCGCCGACGCCGCGGAUGAGCUGAGCGUUGGCCGCUAUGCGCCGGGGACCCUGGGCCAGCCCCCCCGGCAGGCGGCGACGCUGGCCGAGCACCCCGACUUCAGCCCGUGCAGCUUCCAGUCCAAGGCGACGGUGUUUGGCGCCUCGUGGAACCCAGUGCACGCGGCGGGCGCCAACGCUGUACCCGCUGCGGUGUACCACCACCAUCACCACCACCCCUACGUGCACCCCCAGGCGCCCGUGGCGGCGGCGGCGCCGGACGGCAGGUACAUGCGCUCCUGGCUGGAGCCCACGCCCGGUGCGCUCUCCUUCGCGGGCUUGCCCUCCAGCCGGCCUUAUGGCAUUAAACCUGAACCGCUGUCGGCCAGAAGGGGUGACUGUCCCACGCUUGACACUCACACUUUGUCCCUGACUGACUAUGCUUGUGGUUCUCCUCCAGUUGAUAGAGAAAAACAACCCAGCGAAGGCGCCUUCUCUGAAAACAAUGCUGAGAAUGAGAGCGGCGGAGAAAAGCCCCCCAUCGAUCCCAAUAACCCAGCGGCCAACUGGCUUCAUGCGCGCUCCACUCGGAAAAAGCGCUGCCCCUAUACAAAACACCAGACGCUGGAACUGGAGAAAGAGUUUCUGUUCAACAUGUACCUCACCAGGGACCGCAGGUACGAGGUGGCUCGACUGCUCAACCUCACCGAGAGGCAGGUCAAGAUCUGGUUCCAGAACCGCAGGAUGAAAAUGAAGAAAAUCAACAAAGACCGAGCAAAAGACGAGUGAUGCCAUUUGGGUUUAUUUAGAAAAAAGGGUGAGCUAGAGAGAAAAAGAAAGAACUGUCCGUCCCCCUUCCGCCUUCUCCCUUCUCUCACCCCCACCCUAGCCUCCACCAUCCCCGCACAAAGCGGCUCUAAACCUCAGGCCACAUUUCCCCCAAGGCAAACCCUGUUCAGGCUGGUUCGUAGGCCUGCCGCUUUGAUGGAGGAGGUAUUGUAAGCUUUCCAUUUUCUAUAAGAAAAAAGAAAAUUUGAGGGGGGGGGGGCAUUAGUGCUGAUAGCUGUGUGUGUUAGCUUGUAUAUAUAUUUUUUAAAAUCUACCUGUUCCUGACUUAAAACAAAAGGAAAGAAACUACCUUUUUAUAAUGCACAACUGUUGAUGGUAGGCUGUAUAGUUUUUAGUCUGUGUAGUUAAUUUAAUUUGCUGUUUGUGCGGCAGAUUGCUCUGCCAAGAUACUUGAACACUGUGUUUUAUUGUGGUAAUUAUGUUUUGUGAUUCAAACUUCUGUGUACUGGGUGAUGCACCCAUUGUGAUUGUGGAAGAUAGAAUUCAAUUUGAACUCAGGUUGUUUAUGAGGGGAAAAAAACAGUUGCAUAGAGUAUAGCUCUGUAGUGGAAUAUGUCUUCUGUAUAACUAGGCUGUUAACCUAUGAUUGUAAAGUAGCUGUAAGAAUUUCCCAGUGAAAUAAAAAAAAAUUUUUAAGUGUUCUCGGGGAUGCAUAGAUUCAUCAUUUUCUCCACAUUAAAAAUGCGGGCAUUUUAGUCUCUCCAUUAUCUAUAUAGUCCUGUCUUGUCUAUUGUAUAUAUAAUCUAUAUGAUUAAAGAAAAUAUGCAUAAUCAGACAAGCUUGAAUAUUGUUUUUGCACCAGACGAACAGUGAGGAAAUUCGGAGCUAUACAUAUGUGCAGAAGGUUACUACCUAGGGUUUAUGCUUAAUUUUAAUCGGAGGAAAUGAAUGCUGAUUGUAACGGAGUUAAUUUUAUUGAUAAUAAAUUAUACACUAUGAAACCGC